AUGGCGUCUGCUGAUGGAGCAAAGUGGAUGAAAAACAACUUGGGUACCCAGAGUGUGGACAAAGCACCAUUUUGUACCGUGCCCGGGAACUAGUUCCCUGGUACUAAAUGUGAACGCACCCUUAGUGUUGUUUCAGAACACAUUUUCCACAACGUUCACAAACAACCGCGCGUAAAUAUCACUGUACCGGCGCCGAAUCUGUUAUUAAUCGCCCAGUGUCCUCAGUAAUUGCAAGGGUGCUCGUCUAUUUCAGCGUCUCUCGGGGAGGACCGAGAGAGCGGCGGAAAUCGAGUCUAGCUUUUAACUGAUUGUGUUGCCGACUACGAGACACGGAUUAAGGACUUUUUAAAAGGAUUUGACUGGAACAUAAUAAAACUAAUCUAAAGUUUCAUCAUACGAGUAGUUCUUUCUUGAACCGCCACUUUUAUUAUAAUUAUUCUUGUGUCGCGGAUGAUAAGCCGGAUACUUAGCAUCAGUGUUUAUCGUGACCUAACUAGUUUUAUUGUUUGAGGACCGGUCUUGCAACUGGAUUGUACUCUUCAGAAUAACAUCAAAUUGAGAAGGGAAUCUGACUUUUGCAUUACAGACAUUACAUGAACAUUUUCAUUUUUCUAAUGCCAUUUUCGGUAGGACUGACUGCAAAUGACGUGAUUUUUUUCAGUUGAGAGUUAAUAAUUAACGGCAUUUUUCUGGAUGAAAUGCCUCCUUUAUGAAAUAUGAGCUUAGAUUAUUCCCGUCAGUUCAUUUUUGUCGGUCAAGAACCCGAAGACAACACAAGGACAAAGCAAAACAGCGCAAGUCUUACGCGUGUUUCAAAACUAAAGGUAAGCAUCCUAAGACUAUUCUUUCAUGAGGAAUGAAAACCGGGGCUUUCCUGUAGCAGAAUCUUACAUUUAUAAACAGAAAGAUAACACUUCAGUCACUGAGUUAAAACUGGUUAAAAGAAGAUUAGCGUCGUUUCAUUUCUCAUGUUUUUUCGACAAACCAAACGAAUUUCAAGACAACAAUUCAUGUUACGCUGGCAGAUGUAUAUUCCGUGGAAGUUAUGAUUAAGAACAAAACCAAUUGAUUCAUACAAAUGUUUGUGCAGUAAAACAUAUCAAGUAAAGUUGCCUGCGGAGUCGAAAAUCAAAAACAUUACGUUGAAUAUCGACAUGCUUGGAGGCAUUCCUAGCUUCAUUUAUGUUCAAAAGUUCUGUCUAUAAGAAUUAUGUUGUGUCUCUUACUAGCAUACCAGUUUUGGGCCACUAAUCAUAUCUAUAUUUGCUAAUCAUAGAAAUCUCAAAGUCACGCCAUACUUCCCUUCACAUUAUGUCUCUGUAAUGUGUUGAUAUUUUCAAUUUAUCAGUCUUGUAAGCAGGUCAUAGUCUACUACACAGCCGUUUUUAGCGUCGUCACGCAACGCUCCUCCCCACUAAAAACGGCUGUGUAGCAGACUAAGCAGGUCAUGGCUUUAUUCGAUAUUCGAUUAUCAGCCGCUAUUUCGGAAAAUAGCCCAAGCUCCUUUCUUUUUGGGACAAAAAAUCUAUUCACGGGGAGGAAUAAGACCAGACCAGAGAGAGUGACAGAUUUCGAAUUUGAUUGUAAUUUGUCGGUCAAAACCCACCAGGUGUUAUCCAAAGAAUAUGAAAACAAAAUUUCAAACUUGCCCGCUCCCUUUAACUCCCCCCCCCCCCCCCCCCCCCCCCCCACCACCCCUACCCCAACACCACUAUGAAAGGAAAAAAAAAAAAAAGUUGUAACACAAAAAACAAAAAAAAACACAAAUAUAACUAUAGGUGUGGCAAGAACGCCCACGUACCCAAGAAGAGAAGAAGGAAAAUACACCAAGCCCCUUUUUUUUGGGGACAAAAAAAUUUUUCCAGGGGGGGAAAAAAACACAAACAGAGGGAGGGAAAGAUUUCGAAUUUGAUUGUAUUUUGUCGGUCAAAACCCCCCAGGGUUUUUCCAAAAAAAAUAAAAAAAAAAUUUCAAACUUCCCCGCCCCCUUUUACCCCCCCCCCCCCCCCGCUCCUUAUCAAAAGCAUUCCCCUAAUUAGGUAACGGGUUAAAAAUAAAGGUGUUUUCUAGCAAGAAAGAAACAAAGCCUUCGUAAUUAACUGGGCUGCGGCAAGGAACGUCCAGUUCAUAAAAUGGGUUUUGGAAAUUUUCGGUUAUCUUUUUCUGACGCUUAUUCGAGGCUAGGCACUUAUUCGAGGCUGGGCGCUUAUUAACUUUUUUCUGCCUUUAGGAUGGGCGCUUAUUCGAAUAAAUACGGUAUUCACAUGUCCAUUUCAUCGGAACGAACUUUAGGAAAAUGUGAACAGAUCAAACGGUCAUGAUAUAAUUUUUUUAUACCGUAAUAUGAGUUGGGGAUUCGCUAUUUUUCUCAGCCGUGAGUAACGUAUUUUCAUGGGAGACAAUCACUCUGUUGUUACUCCGCCGAAAUGUUAGGCGAAACGCUUUUCACAGCUAAAUCCGGACUGAACUACAACGCACUUGAACUUCAAGUAGCUCGUGACCUUGGUUUAAAUCAUAAUUAAAUAUGGGUCGAAGGCUGUUGCAUGAACUUAAAUUUUUCGGAUCAUUAUACGCUUCCAGGAAACUGCCCACCUACCCCUCCCCUAAGCCAACAUUUUUGUCCUGAGUGAGAGUUAAGGUGGCCCGUUCCUAUUUAUGUGCGUGUUGGUUAUGUUUUUGAUUCGCGUUUUUAGAAUGAAAGAUUCAACCGAUUUCUAUGAUAUUUGGGAUACUAAAUAAAUAAUAAUGGAACUUUAAGAAAACGUUAUUUAUUUUUUUCUGUAGGUAUAAAGGCUUUUGAGAUAUCGGCAUAUAUUUAAAACCUCUUUUUUGCGAAAAAUGUAAAUAACUUCGAAAUCCCACGACAGAUUUUUCCCUAACUUCAGCAAAUAAGCCUCAGAGCUCUCUAGUUUUACAUCUACAAGUUUGAAGGCAAUCGUGAGCGUAGAACUCGCUGCUGCUGGAAAAAUCUUAACAAAGCAAAAUAUAGCAUCUACGAAAAACUCUCAAGGGUUUUUAGCGUCGCAGGUUCCCGUUCUGAAGAGAAAUAAGGCCACCAACGCCAGUACUUCUAACCAUCCAUUUUUCAGCUGCAAUGAAAACCCUAGUAUUUGGUAAUUUAUUCAAGCUGUUUAGACUUGCCAUCACAUUCGCACAGGAAGUUUACCACCUGGGAAUAAAGAUGAAGACAAAUAUGACAAUCGUCUUAUUCUUCUCAUUAUCCCCAACAGCAAACUGCCCGUGCAAAUGUGAUGGUAAGUCUUAAAAGCUUGAAUAAAUUACCAAAUAUGAAGGGUUCAUUGUAGCUGAAAAAUUGAUGGUUAGAAGUACUGGCGUUGGUGGCAUUAUUUCUCUUCAGAACAGGAACCUGCGACGCUAAAAACUCUUGACAGUUUUUCGUAGAUGCUAUAUUUUGCUUUGUUAAGAUUUGUUUUCUAAAGAGAGGGACAAAUACAAAGUAAGUUUGAUGAAUAGAAGUUCUUUAAUAUCACCGCGCAUUCAGCUUAAAAUUAUUCUUUUUAAAGUGCAAACUGUAUUCGCCGUAACUUUCUGAUUACUCCGUUUCUUGCAAUAAAGCUUUAGGUAGGAAUAUCCUUUCAGAUAGGAGAAGGUCUGUCGGCAGUCUUCCUCUAUUUGUGCACAAAUGUGUUAGCGUAGCAUUUUAAGGUUAAAUUUGAUCAGCAUUUUGUGCAGCGAGUUCUACGGUCACGAUUGCCUUCAAACUUUCAGAUAUAAAACUAGAGAGCUCUCAGGCUUAUUUGCUGAAGUUAGGGAAAAAUCUUUCUGGGAUUUCUAAUUUAUUUACAUUUUUCGUAAAAAUGCAGUUUUAAAUUUAUGCCGAUAUCUCAAAAGUUUUUAUACCUACAAAAAAAUAAAUAACAUUUUCCUAAAGUUCCAUUAUUAUUUAUUUAGUAUGCCAAAAAUCAUAGAAAUCGGUUGAAUCUUUCAUUCUGAAAAACGCGAAUCAAAAACAUAACCAACACGCACAUAAAUAGAUUCUUUUAUUAGUAAGACUUGUCACGUUAUUACUUUUGAUGGAAUAGAUACCUUUGAUACACAACUUGUGCAGGAAAAAUGAAUCUACCGACGCGAUUUCGUUUAUUGAGAUAACGAAUGAAAAUGAUCAAAAGCAUUUAGAGUAAGACAUUCCAAUGAACAUCUAGCUUGUCCUUCUAUCUAAUAGUACUUUUAAGGUCCACAUAAUAGUAAACAAUCAGACCCUUCUACGGUCACAAUUUUUGACAUAGACAAGUUAUAUAUAAUAUAUUAGGGAAACUCCGUCGACACCACUGGAAAAAGCGCCUUAAAAUUAGCACAAUUGCCAAGUGUGAUUUGUGGUGGGGGCACAAACCUGCCCCCCACCUUACAAACGUUUGUAAAUUUUCGCAACUUUGCCGAGCUAUGUCUUGUCUCGCUUAUGACAUAUCACUUUCAUAUUUGGCAUUUUACUAAUUUUAAGACGCUCUUUCCAGUGGCGUAGACGCAUUUUCCCGAAUUGUGAAAAGUUUGAAAAACCGUGAAAGGGUCUAUUGUCAGUAACUGUCUUUAUCCGCGAUGCCCAAAUUUACCGCAGGCAAAAUUUAACUGUGUUUUCUUAUUAAUUAAUUAACUAAUCAAUUUAUUUGUUUAUUUAUCUUUUUUUCAGAUUCGUAAUUUCUAUGGCGUUGUCACGUAUUAAAAUCUUUGUGGUAUUAUGUUCUUUUUUCGCUGUGGUAACUUUUGUGAUUGUCCAAAAGUCGGGAAUUUUGAGCCCAAAGCCGAAGGUAAUACAUCAUAAACGAGCUCGUGAAAGAGGAUUAGUGUAUAGUGAGUCUUGUACUUUCUACUUUGCGAGGCAAAACUUUGUGAGGCCCAGGCCAAACCUGGACUCUUUCAUGAGACGAACCAAACUUAGUGCGCUAAGUUUAUCAGUUCAUGAAAAGUUCGACGUCUGGCUCAGUUAAGACCGUGUGAAUGAGUUUGGAUCGUCCAGCACGUUCUAUACAUCUGCUUCAGACGGAUAGAGCGUCUGAAGAUCGUCCCCGGGACAAACGUCCAUCUUCACAUGUGACGAACUAGAUUAAUAAAUUAAAAAUUUGUGUGAUAAUAAGGUACCGUAAAAUUCCGAAAAUAAGCCCGGGGCUUAUAUUUUUCAAAGGCCCUUUUUGAAGGGCUUAUUUUUGGAGGAGCUUAUCUACGGAGGGAAAUUUGCGUUUCAAAAUCGAUUAGGCUAGCCUUACUGUUGGAAGUAAAUUUACCGUUUUGGCUUUGUUUUACUUUUUAUUUUCAGGGCAAUUUUCCAAGGACAAGCCCCCCGGGGGCUUAUAUUUGGAGGGGCGAUUUAACGGAGGGUUAUAUUUGGGGGGGGGGGGGCUCAUACAAGGAGGGGCUUAUUUUCGGAAUUUUACGGUAUUUAGCCCGUUCGGAAGAUAAAUUAUUUUUUUAUGUGAUUCAGUUGAUUGGUCUCACGGGUUCUAAGUUUGACGUCUGACCCAACAGACGAUCCUAACUUCAUUUAGGUCGGCCCAAAUUAAAGUUUGGUUUGUCUGAUGAAUAGUUCGACUUUUGGUCUAGGGCUAAGAGCAAAACGGGUACACGUUCAAUAACAAUCCCCAUAAUGUGAUCUACAAAUAUCCUUCAGAUUAAUGGAUAAUAAGUUACACAUUAACUGAACGCAAUUUGAGUAGACUGCAAGAUCAGUGAGAUACUAACGAAGCUUUGGCAAGGUAGAAGAAAGGAGGACUCGAGUGCGCUUUUUUUUUUCACAACUAAACUGUCAGUACUGAUUUUCAACAUUUCAUACCUCUGCAGUGCAAAUGCGUCUAAGAAAUAUCUCACUUUUCGAGAUAACGAUUAGAAUAAGUCAAUUUACCAGCAAUCGUUUACUUAAAUGCACAAUAGACAAACGUUCCUACAUAUUACCAAGAGCCGCUUUCAUCUGUUAGCCCUACAUCGGUAACCCAUAAUUUACAAAUAGAUAACGUUGAUAUUAUAGAUGUUAAUUUACUAUUAUUGUUAUAGUUAUUAUUAUUAACGAUGGUGAUGAUGAUUAUUAUUUGAUACUUUUUUUUAUUUAUUUAUUUUCAACUUACGCUGAUUCUUAUUUGUCCAGACCCUAAUUAUUUAUUGAUAAGGACUUGGAAACAAAGGUAAGUGAGAAGCAACCGAAGGAAAAAUUGUAAAUUUUGACCUACCACAAAGCACUUUUUUGAGUGUUAUCGUUAAUUAUUGACCUUAUUGUUUUUUUCUUUUCUCAGAAGCAUAAAUGGUACUAUUCACCACAGGAAACGGUAAGAUGACUAAAAUGAUAGGAAUAUUGCAGAAAAGAAGAAUCAGUCAUUUUGUGGGGUUAUAGUUAUAUCCGGCGGGCAAGACGCCGAGUUGUUUCUUGCAGCACUGAAAAAGGGAGCAAUAUUAUCAACAUGAUGUCUACCACGACGAAGGUGCAUCCUCUUUGCAAUCUGCAAACAAUCUUAAAAUCUUACAAUUAGAAAGAAUCCAUUAUUAUCCUUUAUUUCCGGCAAUAUGGUGAAAUGUUUUCUCUGCUGAAAUCUUUGCAAAUAUCUGGCUGUUGAUCUUACACCGCCGGUUAAGAUGUCUUGGCUGACUCUUUUCCUUCCUUCUCCACAUUUUGCAACUUACCACUUUUUACUCCUAUUUCGUUGUAAAAUUUUGGCGUUGGAAAUGGUUUUCAAGCUUGAAUUGUAUUUAUUUUGAUCUGUUCGUCUGGUCUGUCCAAUGGAAAUAAAAGACCUAAACUAUAUCGUCUACAAGUUAGCUUGCGUACCUGGCGCAGGUUUUUUUUAGGGCUAAGGAAGAAAUCUAACAGGCGCCUUCAAAGUAUAAAUUCCUAAGACGCAGUUUCAUUGGAUUGCUAUCCAAUUUGAGCCUAUACCGUCAAGGAUACAACCUCAAAGAAGGCCUGAUCUGCAGAGUUUUCCAUGGUGGUAAGUUUUAAAUGAGAAAGUGAUCUAUUUGUACCUACCUAUUUGUACCUAGGAGCGCAACCUCUCAUUGGCUACUUCGCAUCACAUAAAAUCUAACAAUAAGUCUCUGGGCGGGCCACAUUGCAUGACGCCAGAGAGUAACAAUACACUUUACCAGUGAAUGUAAACCGUCCAGUUUGAUUUACUUUCAUAAAUUUGUACGCCUCGUAUUUCUCUCAAAAUUAGAGAAGUAGCAUGGGAUAAAUUACUUAUCUAAUGCUUGCUCGUGAUAUACUUGGAACUUGAUUUGUAUGCCCACUUGUCUAAAAACUCGCAUAUAGGACAAGAAAAAUAAAGUCACCUGUGGAAAUCGGAUAUUUCUCGUAUCAGAGUAAUCGACGGCAUUGCAUAAUAUAACUCGAGUUUCUUUCUUGCAGGCAUCUAAGUGGAAAAGGUGCAAAAGACUUAUAUCUGGCGAAGAGAAAGUCAACAGAACUUAUAUCCAAAGAAAUGACUCUGAUAUCCUUGAUGUGUACAAGCUAGAUACGGACUGCGAUCAUGUUUUACGGAGAUAUUUUGUUCAUCCUCCGGUCACGAAAGAAGAAAGGAAGCUGCCGAUUGCUUACGCAGUUUUAUUAUAUAAGGGUGCAUCCCUCUUUGAACGAACUCUUCGAGCCAUCUACAUGCCUCAUAACGUUUAUUGUAUCCACAUCGACAAGAAAUCCCCGAAGGCUUUCCAUAAAGCCAUACAGGCGCUAAUUCGAUGUCUUCCGAAUGUUUUCAUUUCGGCAAACAGCACUGAUGUUGUCUGGGGACAUUUCUCAAUUGUUGAAGCUCAACUGAACUGCAUGGAGGAGCUACUGGAAUCCUCAGUGAAAUGGAAAUAUUACAUCAGUUUAGUUGGACAGGAUUUCCCUCUUUACGAUAACAAGCAAAUUGUGAGAGCAUUACGGGGGCUGAACUAUACUAACAGCAUCGAAAGCAUGCCCAUGCCUCGACAUAAUCAGGACCGAACUGAGAAAGUGCACACGCUGAGAAACCGCAUUAUCUACAAUACUGGUAUCGCAAAGUCGCCACCGCCACACAAUAUUUCUAUCCAUAAAGGAUCGACACAUAUCGUCGCCAUAAGAGGAUUUGUUGAAUUUGUUCUCCAUAGUAAAAUAGGAAAAGACUUUAUUGAAUUCUUGAAGGACACCUAUGUCCCAGACGAAACAAUAUACUCAUCUUUACAACAACAUCCGCUGGCCCCAGGGGGUAUUCGUGGCAAUCAACCCAAGUAUAUACCGCGUGCCCUGUACUGGCUUUUAACGAACACUCGUAACAUUUGUCAUGGGGCCUGGGUACGAGGUCUUUGCUGGAUCCAAGUAGAAGAUUUGCGCUGGGCGCUAGGAAAGCAGAAAAAAGACAAACUUUUUGUUCACAAGAUCCCAUUCAACUUCAAUGAUGAUUUGAUAGAAUGUAUUCUUGUUGCAAGACAGGGAAGGAAAUAUGAAACUGCUGUAUGGAAACAAUAA